AUGUCUCCCGUUUUGGCUUUCUCCGUGGAGAGGCUUGGUGCCAGUUCACGUCUUAACGAGGGCGCCGAGGCCUUUGCCGAAACUGUCGCCUCCAUUCCAGAAGCGGUCCAGGUCGGUGCCCGCCGCGUUCAGGAAGGUCUUGCUGCUGUGGCCAGAAGCGUCUCGAGAUCCUUCAGCGCAGGCCCAUCCUAUGCCCACCGUCAGAAGGCCGAGGAGCGAGCGGCAGCACGGGCUGCAAAGGAAGCUGCCAAGCAGUACCAGAAACUACAGUGGACUGAGGCCAUGGAGAGAAACCUUCAGAUGCUGAAAACCAUCAUGGAGCACCGCCGCAAUGAGAUCAUGCUCGCAGAGAUGAGCAAGGAGUGGGACAAGAAGGCGUCUUUGGAGGAUGAGCUGAAAGAUUUGAAGGUGCGCCAGGCUAGGCUUUCAUGUGCUCUCUGGGUGCAACCGGAAGAUCUCCCCAGCUCAAUGCAGCUUCUUGAAUCUGAGAACCCUCAGCAGCUACAACGAGAAUUGGAAGCGACAUUGGAGAAGCUGGGGUUGGUUCCACCUCGAGGCGCGCUGGAUGCAUGCCAGCUUGUUGCUCCCACUCUGGAGCAGGCGCAUGUUAUCGCAGAGACUAAGAGGGAGCAACCACCUACGACGCCCAUGGCAGCUCCUGUUUUGGAGGCACCCGCUCCUGUUCCGGCUUCGGCAGCUCCCAGCGCAGCAGACUCGCAGCAGCAGACGUUGGCCCUAAGCGGGCUUAAGCUUCCACUCCGAUCGCUUGCGCAGCCAGGACAGGCCGAGUCACCCUCCAAGCAUCAUCCGCACAGUUCGGGGCAGAGAGGCCCACGGCCUCAGACACCGCGUCGCACCUCGUCUGGUCAGAAAGGCAAGGAGGGCAAGGGCGGGAAGCCCGUUGGAGAUGUUGGCAAAGGGUCCACAGUGGCCUUAGGGUUCAGUGACCCACAUGGCAGCGAAAGCAAGAGGUUCAUUGAAGUUUGCACUGAUGAGGCGGACAGGGUUGCUGACACAAACACGAGCGGUCCUGGCAAGGGCAAGGGGAUAACAGCACCUGGCAAAGGCAAAGGCAAGAAGGGUCCCCCAAUGCCCGGCUCUGCUCUUCCUAGCGGUGAAGUUGCUGGAAAAGGCAAGGGAAAGAAGGGACCAGCGCUUCCCGCUGGCAAGGGUGGUCGCAUUCGGAAGGUGACCCCUUUGGGCCGCCGGUUCCACUGGAAAGAACUACCGGCUGACAAGCUCAAAGGCACAGUCUUUGACGACAUCAACUCCUCCAACAGCUUAGAAAUGCAAUUCGAGGGGCUGAAGAAUUAUUUUGCAGAUGAUGACGAAUUGGGCAAAACGCCUGGAGCAGCGGCAGCCAAGGACAAUGCCCCCAUCACCGUUUUCGAGAACUCCCGCACUCAGAACAUCGCCAUCGUUCUUCGUGGCAUUUUUGGCCAGAUGCCCACUUUGCAGGUGGCCUGGGGGUUUGUCUCCAACACUAAAGCCAGAUCUUGUAGCACCUUGACAUAA